AUGCUGGCAAUCGAAGGAACAAUACUUACAGUAAAACACAACACAACAGAGCUAGAGAUAACCUUUGGACAGGACGACCUAGCCUCAACAGGCCCAAACCUCGACGACCCAGUGGUGAUCUCCAUCCAAACAGGAGAGUUAUUGGUAAGAAAGGUACAAAACAACAAGAUAGCAACAGUACAUUCAUACCAUCAACAAGCUCGGCAAUGCUACAAUGCAAGCCUAAAGAAAAUCAGCAUACAACCAAGAGCUAAUCAAGGGACGAAGAUGAUCCACACCACGACCGAGGUACUGACACUCUCCGAGUUGGAUCCAAGGGAGGACUUCCAGGAGAGGCCUCAACCAAUAGACGAACUCCAGAAGAUUCUCCUGACGACAAAGGCCGAACAGUUUACCUAUAUCGGCCGAGCUCUAGAAGGAGAAAAGAGAACAAAGCUAAUAAGAGUACUCCAAGACAAUGCCGACUUAUUUGCCUGGACACCAGCAGACAUGCUAGGGAUAGAUCCGAAUAUAAUCUGCCACAAGCUCUCCAUAAACAAAACAAGUAAGCCAAUUGCCCAGAAAAAGAGGAACCUCGGAGCAGAAAAAAUGAAAGCAGCCCUUGAAGAGACAAAGAAACUUCUCAACACCGGCUUUAUCAAAGAGCUCCGCUUCACCACAUGGCUCUCAAAUGUGGUAAUGAUCCUCAUGCACCAAGAAGAUCAAAGCAAAACAGCUUUUAUAACAGAACACGGAAAUUUGUGUUACAAAGUUAUGCCGUUUGGUCUUAAGAAUGCAGGAGCAACAUACCAGCAACUCAUGGACAAAGUCUUCCAACAACAAAUAGGAAGGAAUAUGGAGAUCUAUGUAGAUGAUAUGGUAGCAAAAAUCUCGAUCCUAACCAAGCCCGAGCUGGCUGGGCGUCUAACGAAGUGGUCCGUUGAGCUCUCCGAAUAUGACGUACAAUACCAACCUCGGAAGACUCCAAGACUGCAAAUACUAGCCGACUUUAUCUCUGAGCUGACAACCGAGGACAAACAAACAGAACAUAACUGGAAACUCUAUGUAGAUGGCGCAGCAAACAAGGCUGGAAGUGGAGCCGGCGUAACACUUAAAGAAGGCGAACAGGUCAUAGCCGAGCAGUCAUUGCAAUUCUCCUUUCCAGCAAGCAAUAACCAAGUGGAAUAUGAAGCUCUUCUAGCCGGACUAAAGCUCGCCCAGGAUUUGCAAAUAGCUCACCUCACUGUAUAUUGUGAUUCCCUACUCGUCGUCCAGCAGAUCAAAGGCGAGUUCCAGGUAAAAGAUCCUUUGUUAGAGAAAUACUGGCUCAUAACAAAGGAUCUUAUUUCAAAAUUUCAUAAAUUAGAAAUAAUACAUGUGAGCAGAGAACAAAACACAAGAGCCGAUGUUUUAUCUAAGUUAGCAACAACAAGGCCACAAUCACACACGCCAACACUUUCACAAUUAACACUUGACAAACCAAGCUUUGAAUUAAAUAGCAUAUUGAGCAUUACACAGGAAAAAGAUUGGAGGACACUGUUUCUCGAAUACAUCAAAACACGAGUCAUCCCAACAGACGAACAAAACCAAAAACUCUUUCGAAGAAGAGCAAGCUACUAUACAAUCGUUAGAGACAACCUAUACAGGCGAGGAUUUUCACAACCACUCCUAAGAUGCAUAAGCAAAAACGAAGCUGAAACGGUAAUGGCGGAGACCCAUGAAGGGGUAUGCGGUAACCACAUUGGAGGCCGAGCAUUAUCCGCCAAAAUAUUGCGAACAGGAUACUAUUGGCCAACAAUGAAGAGAGACUGCUUUGCCAAAGUAAAAAAAUGCGACAAUUGCCAAAAACAUGCCAUGAUAUCCACAACACCCGCAGAAGAGCUACACACUCUAGAGGUAAGCUGGCCUUUCGAUAGAUGGGGGUUGGAUAUCCUCGGCCCCUUUCCGAAAGCACCAGGACAGCCACUGUAA